AUUGCGCUAUUGCGAUGAAAGUGGAGGUUCGUGAAAAAAGCCGAAAGGCUAUGCGCUCAAACCCACAAGUCGGUCAUGACCGCGGAAGGCUGGGGGUCCGGGUUCCACGCUCGGCAGGAUCUGUUUUGCACGUUGUACUGAGCUGUACUGUCGUAUUAGGGAUACCACUCGCCAGCCUAUUGAUGAGCAAGACUCAAACAGCUUUUUGCCAUGGAUCCAGACGUCUCUUUUGCAACAGCCGACCCCUGUGGUCAAAACUUGCUAGCACUGGUGUCCAGAGGCAAUGCCAUAAUAGCUGAGCUUCUGAGGCUGAGAGAUUAUUUGCCUGAUGUGUUUCGGAAAGACAAGAAAGAAGAGUGGAAGAAAUAUGCACCAGUCAUAUUUGACUUCAGUUACUUUAAGAUAGCUGAUGCUGUGGAAGCCAAGAUUGAAGCAGAUGAUAACUUACGGAAGCUGGAUGCCCAGUUCAGGGAGAACUACUUGGAGGUGGUCUCGCGGUUCUACGUGGCUUAUGAGAGCAUAUACAAGUACAUCACUGAUCUGAACAACUUCAUACGGGACCUUUCGGAUGGCGUGUACUUCCAGCAUUCAAUGGAAAACGUCUUUGCAGACCCGGAUGGAAAGCAGCUCAUGUGUGAGGCGCUGUACCUGCUCGGCGCCCAGCUGCUGACGGCUGAGCAGAUCGAGGGAGACAGCCGGGAGCGCCUCCUGGUGGCGCACCACCGCGGCUCGCUGCGCCGCUCGGCCCACUGCCACCUGGACGACGUCUGUAAACUGCUGCGGUCCACUGGGCGCGUGGAGGGCGGCCGCCGGCCCCCUAACUACCCCGAGCACUACUUCAGCCGGGUGCCGGUCGCGGCCGAGUACGCGGCGCUCGUGGUCGACCAGCUGCGCUCCGGCGACAUCUACUGCCAGGCGGGCACCUACCCGCUGCCGGAGCACCGCGCCACGGCGCUGGCGCCGCAGUCCGCCAUGCUCUACGUCUGCCUCUACUUCCGGCCGGCCGUGCUGGCGGCCGAAACGGCCGUCAUGAGGGAGAUAGUCGACAAGUUCUUCCCUGACAACUGGGUGAUCAGCGUGUACAUGGGGUCAGUGGUGAACUUGCUGGAGGCGUGGGAGCCGUACAAGGCGGCCCGGACGGUGCUGCAAGCCUCGCUGGACACCGCCGCCGUGCGGCAGAUGGCGUCCAAGCACGCCGCCAAAAUGGAGGAGCUGACUGUGGAGACGGGGCGGUGGCUUCAGGAGGGCUCGCUCACUCCUGACCUCGUGCUCGGCUCCUGGCACAAGCUGAUCGCCCUCAUCCGGCAGUGUAACGUUACACUGCGCUGGGUGCUGCUGCACACUUCGCAGCUGCCGCCGGGGCAUGAGCUGAAGCGCGGCCGACAGUACCGCGAGCUGGCCGUGGCCGAGGGCAAGUUCGAGCCGGACACCGUGUUCAGGCUGUUGCUGCACUCCUGCCAGCUGGAGCUCCGCUGCCGCCAGCUGCUGAAGCAGCUGCUGGCGGACCGGGAGAACCUUUGGCGGCAUGAGCAGGAGCUGGUCGUCAGCGGCCUCAAGCAGCUGUCGGCGGUCUUCUCGGGAAGUCAGACGCUCACCAAGCUGCCCAAAAACGAACGGCUGGAGAAGUGGUUCGUGGACCUGUGUGACCAGGUGUCGGCCCUCUCGCUGUCCCAGUCUCCGUCGGACUCACGCCGCCUCCUGCAGGUCAUGAAGGCCCUCAACGACGUGCAAGCAUUCCACCGUCUGGAGAGCGACGCAGCCGUCAGCCAGCACCUGUCGGAGCUGCGACAGAGCCUGCGCCGCAUGGUGCUGCUGGCGGCGUUGCGAGACGACAUGCUGGCCACGCUCUCGGUCGUCACCGACUUCAGCUACGCCUGGCUGCUAGUGGACAAGCUGACCGACUCGAUGCAGCGCAGCAUCCGGCACCAGCCGGCGCUGGUGGCCAAGCUACGGGCUGUCUUCCUGAAGCUGUGCUCGGCGCUGGACCUGCCGCUGCUGCGGAUCAACCAGGGCCCGUUCGAGGACCUGGCGUCCGUUUCGCAGCACUACUCAGCGGAGCUGGUCACCUACCUGCGCCGCGUCAUCCAGAUCAUCCCCGAUGUCGUUUGCAGUCUGUUGGAUCAGAUUAUUGAGAUACAAACUAACGAGCUGAAGGAGACUCCGACGAGGCUCGACAAGGACAAAAUGAAGGAACACGCUCAGUUGGACCAACGCUUCGAGAUGGCACGUCUGACGCACGCCGUCUCGGUGCUGACGGACGGCAUCCUGGCCAUGAAGACCACCCUGGUGGGCGUCAUCCGACUGGACCCGGCCCAGCUGCUCGAGGACGGCAUCAGGAAGCAGCUGGUGCAGCUGAUGGCCGAGACCUUGCAUAACACGCUGACCUUCGGCGCCAAACAUAAGCCGAGCGAGCUGCCUGCGCGACUGGAGGAGCUAGCCCGCCGCAUGGACGGCUUCCGGCGCUCGUUCGAGUACAUCCAGGACUACGUGCACCUGUACGGCCUGCGAGUUUGGCAGGAGGAGCUCACGCGCAUCGUCAACCUGAACGUCGAGCAGGAGUGCAACAGCUUCCUGCAAAUCGGCGUGCACGAGCGAGACAGCGUGUACCAGUCUCGCACCGUGCCCGUCCCACUGUUCCCGCCCACCGACAAGGCGCGCACGUUCGUCGGACGGCUGGCCGCCCAGCUGCUGCUGCUCACCGACCCGAGGUCGACCGUCUACAUCCGGCCGCUGAUGGCCUGGUACUGCCUGCGCUCACACCAGCAAGUGGCCGACCGGCGCCUGCCGGGCCUGCUGGCGGCCGGUCUCGGCGUGGCGGGGCUGGCUGGGGUCGACCGUCUGCUCGCCUUCUUCGCCGUCACCACCCUGCAGUCGAUCAUGGCCCUCAUCGGCGCGCACAUCGGCAAGGACAAGACGUGCGUGGAGGCGCUCUCGGCGCUGGAGGCGAGCCUCCAGCCACACGGCGGCCCCGUCGCCAACCCGAGCAAGGUGUACGGGCCGGCCGUGGCGCGCCUGCAGCGCCCCCUGGCCACCCUGCUGGAGCACGUGACCCGGCUGGGUCAGCUGACGCUGCUGCGUGAGAGCGUAGCCGCCCACCUGGCCUCGGCCGCCUCGUUCGACUCGCGCCAUCUGGCGUCGGCGCUUGCCGCCCUCAACACGGCGGUGCUGACGGAGCACGACGUGACGUCGGACAGCCUGACGCCUCUGGUGUCGGACCUGACACCGUACCUGGACUGGGCUGGUCUCUCCGACCCACUGUCGCGGGUGUACCUGAUGGCCGAGCCGCCUCCGCGCGUCGCCACCGUCCUGCUGCUCUUUCUGCUGGCGCACGCGCCCAAGCUCACCUACGUCAAGUCGCUGGGUGGUCUGAGCUGCGUCAAGGCGUCGGAGCCGCUGGACGCGGCGCCACUCGUCUCCGGCCUGGCCGUGCUGCUCGGCCAGCUGCCGGACGCGGCUCGCUUGUGA